AGAGAGCGAGAGAGAGAGGAGAGUGACUAAACUCUCAGAAAAAGCAAAAGGGGAAGUCUGCAAAUAAAGGGAGAGGAGAAGAAACGCUACAAACCACAUGUGGCUGUUAGGAGCCAUAAUCCAGCUAUGAAGCGAGACAGAAUCGCUGCCCUGAAACGCUCAUUUGAAGUGGAAGAUGUGGACUCCUCCUCACACUCUUCAUCACCUCACACACGACGAGCACCAUCCAAUGUCCAGCGUUUGGCAAUGUCCCCGACCACCGGACGGUAUUAUGAGCUGGGCUCCAAUGGUACCAAGCCCCCUGACACCUCUAAGCCCAAAGCUCGAACCCCUGAACCUGUGUCACGUAGAACAGGGCUAGGAUUUGACAUCUCAUCCAACAACAAUGGCAAAGCUACUGAAGGCUCUCCCAGUCCUGGCACGGCUCGGUUUGGGCUGAAGAAGCCAGAUGUCUUGAGCCACAGUAAGACCCCUGAGACGCAGAAGCACUCAGUCACCUUCAGCAAGACAAUGGAGACCAUUGCCCCCAUCACACGUGCAGCAUCUACCAUCGUUCCCCAUGCCAGUGCUAAACUCCCAGAGACCACCUUCAGGAAAAGCGAGCCACCGAGCCCUGGAGAUGGAUCAGCAAGAAAGCCUGAAAUCGGUGUCACAAAAUCAACAGACACCAAAGGUCAUGACAGUCUUCACCAUCCACCAGUUACAACAAGGUGUCCAUCAUCUAAUCUUGUUGGACAGAAAUCCCCUAGUUCUGACGGGCAUAGGCCAGAGAUCAUUACAAGUUUUUACGGCAAUAUGGCAGAUGUAGGAAAGACGCCUGUGGCACGGAAUGAGAAGGCAAGCAGUGAGUUGGGCUAUGUGGGCAUCGAUGCCAUCCUGGAGCAAAUGAGGAGGAAAGCCAUGAAACAAGGCUUUGAGUUUAACAUCAUGGUAGUGGGUCAGAGUGGUCUUGGUAAAUCCACAUUGAUGAACACACUUUUUAAAUCUAAAGUGAGUCGCAGAUCUGUCAAGACAACAGAGGAAGAGCGAAUUCCCAAGACUAUCGAGAUCAAGUCCAUCAGUCAUGAUAUUGAGGAGAAAGGAGUGAGAAUGAAGCUAACUGUCAUUGACACUCCAGGUUUUGGAGACCAGAUUAACAAUGAGAACUGCUGGCAGCCCAUCAUGAAGUUCAUUAAUGCACAGUAUGAACAGUAUUUACAGGAAGAGAUUAACAUUGAUAGGAAGAAGAAGAUUCCAGAUUCACGAGUCCACUGCUGCAUAUAUUUUAUUCCUCCUACAGGACACUGUUUGCGGCCAAUUGACAUUGAGUUUAUGAGACACCUAAGUAAAGUGGUGAACAUCGUUCCUGUUAUCGCCAAGGCAGACACACUCACCCUGGAGGAGAGAGACUUCUUCAAACAGAAGAUAGGAGAGGACUUGCGAGCCAAUGAAAUCGACAUCUAUCCACAAAAGGAGUUUGAUGAGGAUGCAGAGGACAGAAUGAUUAAUGAAAAGAUCAGGGAGAUGAUCCCAUUUGCUGUGGUGGGAAGUGAUCAAGAAUACCAGGUCAACGGAAAAAGACUUCUGGGCAGGAAAACAAGAUGGGGGACAGUAGAAGUUGAGAACACCACACACUGUGAGUUUGCCUACUUGCGGGACCUGCUCAUCAGAACUCAUAUGCAGAACAUCAAAGAUAUCACAAGCAGCAUCCAUUAUGAGAUGUACCGUGUACGCAGACUCAAUGAGAAUAACAUGCACCCAAACGGGCAACCAACAAUCCACGCCAAUGGCGUACCUGAGCAUGAAGUCCUCUCCAAUGAGAUGUAGUCGUCUGUCUGACCAUCCAUCUAUCUACCCAUGCAUCCAUCAGUCCAUCCAUCUAGCUUUCUUUCCUUCAGUCUCUUAAUUUUCAACAGUCACUUCCUCAGUUCAUUCUACCUUCAUCAUUUUGCCUGGCUCUGUCUGUUGACUAUUGUUUUAUAACACCAAAACUAUUUCUGAUCUGUGGAAUAUGAAUCUUUAAAUGUGUAGCAAAAUGUGAUGUUUUGUAAUGAGAUUUUUAUUAAAGAUAUGUUAUGAUGUUUUUUCAAUGUUCUCAUUUAUGCUAACAGCUUAGAGCUCAGAAAAAAUGACAUCUGUCAAAAGUUCAUCAUACUAUAAUGCUUAAAGCUCUCUCACUUAAUCGUUACAAAUAACACAAGUGGUUAAGUUGCAAUUUGAACAAAAUCAUACUUUGACUGUUGGGUAUAAAAAUGACUGGCUCUAGAGCAUAAAAAAAAAACAAAUAAAUCAUGUUUUUCACUUUUUUAAAAAUAUACUGGAACAAAGACAAGUUGAAAAGGAUCUAUGGUGUAUUGCAGGUCUUCUGACUACAGUCACACACUUUUAGGCAAGAGUUUUUUUUUUUGUUGUUGUUGUUUUUUUUUUAUCUUAAAGCGUUGUAUGACGAUUGUUUUAGUUAAAUAUAAACAUAAUGCAGUUUCAGUAUCCCCGUUUUUGUGGUUACUAUGCCGUUAUCUUUACUGAUCUAUGAUAUUUUCAUGUGCUUUGUGCCAUGUUUGAAUUUGUUUUUUCAAGCAUCGUUCAUUUAUUUUGUCAUUGUAAUUAUGGUUGUGUUUUUUAAUUGUAAAGGCCUUGACACACUUAUGUGAAAUUAAAUUUUUGUUUGUUUUUUUGUUUGUUUGUUUGUUUGUUUCAAAGAGAGCCAGACAUCUUUUGAUAUGUAAAGAGUUAUGUAUUUAUACAGAAUCAUGUUACCUGAAUGUUAUAGUGUAGAUUUUGUCAACUGUUUAGAUUUCUAGAAUGCAACCACAGUGACCCAAAGCACCUGUACUUACCGUUCUUUCUUUUGUGACUCUCAGUAUUCAGUAAAGCAAGUCCUGAGCCA